CGUGAGACUCUCGUGAAGCGACGCUUCAUUCUAUUUUGACAAUUUCAGUUCAUCAGCCAAGUGCUGUCAAAGGUCUUUUCCGUUUCCUCUUUUAUGAAACGCAGUCAAAAUGAAAGCUAAGGGAUUGCUGAAGGAAUACCAAGUGAUUGGGCGCAAGCUGCCCUCGGAGAAGGAUCCGAAUCCGCCGCUGUUCAAGAUGCAUAUUUUUGCGCCAGAUCAGAUUGUGGCUAAAUCGCGUUUCUGGUACUUCCUACGGCAGCUGCGUAAGUUCAAGAAGGCAACCGGUGAAAUCGUUUCGGUGAAACGCAUAAUGGAGAAAACUCCGCUUCGGGUGAAAAACUUCGGAAUCUGGCUACGUUACGAUUCUCGUUCGGGUACGCACAACAUGUACCGCGAGUACCGUGAUCUGACCGUUGGCGGUGCUGUAACACAAUGUUACAGCGAUAUGGCUUCACGUCACCGUGCCCGUGCGCACUCCAUCCAGAUCAUUAAGGUGGAGGUCGUUGAGGCUUCCAAGACCCGUCGUGCUCACAUAAAACAGUUCCACGAUUCGAAGAUUCGUUUCCCGCUGGUACAACGGUACCAUCACAAGCGCUACAGGAAACUGUUCUCGUUCCGUCGACCAGACACCUACUACAUGUAAGCCAACCGCUGCUUGUGUACUGUUAAUUCCGCUCUUUAUUGCCUGAGAGUAAAUGAAUGCCGUGAGGAAUGAAAAGCAAA